AUGAAUGACUUGAAAGUUACCUUGAAUACCGCCCUAGGAGUACUAGGCAGUUCCCUCCUGGCCUAUUACGUCCACGCAAAGAUUUCCGAGCGCGUUCUAAACAAUUUCCAACGCAAGGACAAAUGGAAUUCAGAGAACGAGCUCGUCCUGUUAACAGGCGGCAUUGGUGGGAUAGGAAAACAACUUGCAGAAGACCUUUCCUCCAAACAACUCCGCGUGGUGAUCCUCGAUAUUACCAAACCAACCUAUCCCCUUCCAUCGAACGUGACAUUCUACCAAACAGACAUUACAUCGACAAAAGCAAUCUCUGAAGUGGCCACACUCAUCCGAAAGGACCAUGGCGACCCUACAGUCCUUGUCAACAAUGCCGGCGUCUUCAGUCACGGGACUAUCCUUGAGAAGACCGAGGAAAAGAUCCGACAAACAUUCGAAGUAAAUAUACUAGCUCAUUUCCUGAUGGUAAAGGAAUUUCUUCCAUAUAUGAUUCAUGAGAAUCGAGGUCAUGUCGUCACAGUUGCAAGUGUUGCUAGCUUUGUGGCUGUGGGUGAGAUGGUUGAUUAUUGUUGUUCCAAAGCCGGUGCACUUGCUUUUCAUGAGGGGUUGAGGCAGGAGUUGAAGUUUUGGUACGAUGCUCCGAAUGUGCGGACAAGGUUAGUUAUCCAGUUUACUUCAUUUGCCCGAGAAGAUUACCUAAUUGAGAUUCUUAGUAUUUUUCAUCCACUCUGGGUUAGGACCCCUUUCAUUAAGGGGUUCACUGACCACCAAGACCAAUUUGGGCAGCCAAUAAUGACCCCAAAGGCUGUUUCGGAUGCUAUUGUCGAUCAAAUCGUAUCAAGAAGGAGUGGACAGGUUAUUUUACCACGGCAUUUUUCGUUGGCUGGGUCGAUUCGUGCUUGUCCGCUUUGGUUGCAGGAGAUGAUUCGACCAGUUUUUUCGAGGAUUGUGCGGAAAGUGAGGGCUAUGCGAGAUUAG